AUGAUUGGAAUUGAGAAGUCUGCGGACUUAUUUGAAAUGAUGAAUAAAAUGUGCGACAAAAGCACCUGGAUGAUUUAAUAAGCAAAUGAGUAUUUACGAGGCUAUGAACCAGUAACUCUGAUUGUUCUAGCCAUUUUGACCUAAAAGUAUCUUAAAAAGAAAGAAGAUGAAGUUAGAGACGGAUUUAGAAAGGAAAUCAAGGGAUGGAGAAAGAACCUUGUUUACAAAUUGCCAUAAACACCAUGGCGUGAAGACACCAUCAUUACUAGAAUGCAAUAAGGUAGUGAACAAGCACGUGCCCACUAUACGGAGGGAGCUAAAAUAUCAGGAGCUGUUUAUACCUCUAAUAUGGAACAUUGGGAUUUCAUUACUGAUGUGAUGAGACUUCAUAUUGAGUCAAAUCCCUUACACAUGAGUGAGUUUGCCUUUGUGGGAUAACUCGAAGCAGAGAUCAUUAGAAUGGGACUAGAGCUAUAUCAUGGGCCUUAAGGUUCUUGUGGUUUGUUGACAUCCGGAGGAAGUGAGAGUAUUUUCAUAUCAUGUCUCGCCUAUAGGUAGCAAGGUAGAAGAAAGGGCAUCACUAAACCGAAUAUAGUUUGCUCAAAUACCGCUCAUGCAGGAUUUGACAAGGCAGCCUUUUAUCUUGCAAUGGAAAUCAGAAAAGUUCCUUUAACUCAUGAUAUGCAAUGUGAUAUCAAAGCCUUAACAUCAAAAAUAGACUCAAAUACCGUCAUGUUAGUUGCUAGUUCACCUGACUAUUCAUUUGGAAAGUAUGAUCCAGUUCCAGUUAUAGCAAAGAUGGCAUAGGAUAGAGGAAUAGGCUGUCAUUCAGAUUGCUGUUUAGGUAGCUUUGUAGGUGUCUUCGCUGAGGAAGCAGGUUUUAAAUAACCUUAUCUUUUCGAUUUCAGAGUUGAGGGAGUCACUUCAAUCUCAUCAGACCCUCAAAAAUUUGGCUAUGGACCUAAGGGAGCUUCACUUUUAAUGUUUAGGGAUAAGAAACUCAGAGAAGGAACAUUCAUCGGAGUGACAGAGUGGAAUGGAGGUAUGUAUGUCACACCCACUGCAGCUGGAAGCAGAUCAGGAGCAGUUAUUGCUGGUACAUGGGCAGCUUUGAUGAAACAAGGAAGAGAUGGGUUCCUUGAAAAGGCAAAAAACAUUUUAACUGCAGCACGAAAAAUGAGAGAUGAAAUCAUGGAAAUCCCCGAUAUAGAAUUAUGUAGCAAUGAUGAUACAUGCGUAGUUAGCUUUACCUCUAAGAAAUACAGUUGUAUUGCAGUUGCUGAUUUAAUGCAAAAUAAGUUUAAGUGGACUUUGAGCAAGCUCCAGAUGCCAGCAAGUGCUCAUUUGAUUGUCACAGAGGCUAACUAUGUUCAUGCCAAUGAUUUCGCUCUUAAUCUAAAAGCUUGCGUCGAAGAACUAAUUGAGCAUCCUGAGUUAAAUAACAAGGGAGAUGCAGCCAAGUACCGUUAAGCUGCCGAAAUCCCAGACAAUAGUGUCUUGAAUCGGGCUCUAUACAUGACUCUUGAUGAGGUCCUUGAAAUUAACAAUUGA